AUGGUGCCGCGUUGGCUGCUCGUAUGCUGCGUGGUGCUAUGCGCCAGGCCGGCGCACCCACAAGGCGCGCAGCAAUGCCCACCACCUAAUACCAUCACCCCUUGCAGUUGCACCGUUAAGAAAAACGGCCUCGACAUACUCUGCGAAUUUACUGAGCAACAACAUAUACAGAAGGCAAUGAACACACUGCGAUCUAAGCCGAUGAUUAUUUUCUACCUGAAGUUGCGUCACAAUAACCUGGCUAAGCUUCCAGCUUACAUUUUUCUCGGGCUUGAUAUCCGCCACCUGACCGUACAUAACAGCAGUUUGGCAGUCAUAGAAGACUCGUCUCUUAGUUCUAUUGGUAACAAGCUGACUCAACUAGACGUGUCACAGAAUAGCCUAGCAACAAUACCGACAUCGUCCUUCACGCACCUAAAUCAUCUACUCAUCCUUAAUAUGAACCAUAAUAAGGUGACUGCCGUUCAUAACCGAGCUUUUAUGGGAUUAGAUACUGUGGAAAUUCUUACUUUGUAUGAAAACCGGAUUUCUGUUGUUGACGGCGAGGCUUUUAAAGGACUUGAGAAGAAACUAAAGCGGCUUAAUCUUGGCGGUAACGACUUGACAGCCGUACCGCAAAAAGCUCUUGCCUUGCUCGAGAAUUUGAAAAAACUUGAAAUGCAAGAGAAUCGCAUCGGUUCUAUUUCCGAGGGAGAUUUUGCAGGCCUACGGAGCCUUGACUCUCUAGGUUUAGCACACAACCAAUUGCGAGAAGUACCCGCCCAGGUAUUUUCGCAUCUGACAUUCCUAAACUCUUUGGAACUGGAAGGAAAUUUAAUACAAAGGAUUGACGAACAAGCCUUUGCUGGACUGGAAGAAAAUCUACAAUACCUGCGACUUGGCGAUAACCGCCUGCACGAGAUACCUUCGGAAGCCCUUCGUUCUUUGCAUCGCUUGCGUCAUCUGGAUCUUCGUUCUAACAAUAUUACAUACAUCAGCGAGGAUGCCUUCACUGGUUAUGGAGAUUCUAUUACAUUCCUAAAUAUGCAAAAGAAUAUGAUCCACCAGCUCCCGACUAUGGGCUUCGAUAACCUGAACUCUUUGGAGACGCUGAAUCUACAGAACAACAAGUUGCAACACAUCCCGGAGGAGAUCAUGGAGCCGAUACUGGACACGCUUCGUGUGGUUGACAUCAUGGAUAAUCCCCUGAUUUGCGACUGUGAACUGGCUUGGUACGAGGCCUGGCUUGCUGGUCUCCGGGAUAGAGAUGACGAGAUGAUGCAAAAGAAACGAACGGUUUGCACCAUGGUCAACGAACAUCGAGAGUAUAGCGUUGCAAAGAUGCCUCUAGAAAAAAUGAACUGUAAGAGAAAACCAACUUAUGGACGCACCAAUAGGGAACCCAUCUCUCACCCCUCCAUCAGUUUCGCGGCCAACGCCCUUCUCUUCGUCGCAGUUAGGUGUCUUUAG